AAGACGUUAAACGGAGAGAGACUCUGAUCUGAAGCCUCCAGCAUGCCGAAGCUUGGGUUCUCCUGCACUCGGAACGCUCUGUGUGCUCUGAACGUGGUUUAUCUGGUGGUGGGCAUGUCCCUCCUGGCAGCAGCUGGUUACGGGAGAAGUUUUGGUAUCCUGUGGAGUCUAAGCAUCAUCAGUGUGGUGAUGGUGGUGGGAGUCUUCCUCAUCUUCAUCUCCAUGUUGGGGCUCAUUGCAGCUCUGAAACAAAACCAGGUCGUCCUGUUCACUUACAUACUGGCAAUGAUGUUAGUGUGUAUUCUCCAGUUCAUUGUCUCAUGUUCCUGCCUCGCUUUAGGAAGAGAGAAACAGGAGAUGUUACUCAGCAUGUCCUGGAAGAUGAUGAGUAAUGAAACCCGCCGGUCUCUCGAGCAACAGCUGGACUGCUGUGGUCUGAUCAACAGCGCAGAAAAGCAGCACAGGUUCAGGACAGAUGUGAAUAUGUGCAUUGCUUCGUGCAGAGGAACAUCUCACUGCUUCACAUGUGGAGAUCUGAUGCUGCAGCACGCUGCCGAGACACUGGGCUUUCUGGGUGGAGUUGGAUUGUUCUGCAGUUUCUCACAGUUCAUAACCGUGUGGCUGGCUGUUCAGUACAGAAACCAGAGGAACCCUCAGAUCAGUUCCAGAAGCUCGUCAUAACCUCCUGACCUCUCAGACUUUAAUUCCACUAUUUCACUGAGCUCAUAUCUGGAGUUAAAUUUGAUUCUGAUUUAAUUUCCUGAUUUUCUGCUUCAAAUCCGAAACAAGACAAAAUGUAAACAUGCAGCACGAAAUGAAAUAAAUAAAACCAUCUGAGCUGCUUUACAGAUGAA